GAGCCACUGCUUAGAUCUUCCCAAAUCCAGUGCCCAUACUUUAUAUGGCAAAGCCUUUCAGUACCAUUCUUUGCCAUUAGGCACAUAACCACUACCUAAUGAUGGCGAAUCAUUUUAUUCUUACCAGCCUCUAACAUUGUCCUAAAGCCUUGAACCUCUUCCAGCUUUCUUAAACUUCUAGCUUUUUCUUCAAACUUUUUUUUAUCAUAAGAGUAAUUUAACUGCACAUAGUAAAAGACAUCUAAAAUUUAAUUAUGAUCAGAAAUCCGAAUUACACAAGCUUUGUUUGCUGUGCUGUUUGUAAUAAAAUAAUUCCACCAGCCCCUUUUGGGAAAACCUUCAAACGGAUCCAUGAAUACAAGCCAUUUAAGACACGCUUUUACACUCACAAAGAUAUACUGGAUAUCGGGGCAGAUAUUCUGAAUAAAGAAGAGCAAUUUCAAGAGGCAGUACUCAAAGAAUGUAUUGCAAAAGCAGAAGCUGACGUAUGGGUUCAGGCUGAUGAACGUCAAAAACAAGCAAUUGAGAAAGCACUUGAAGAAGCAAAUGACCAACACAAAAUUAAUAUUCAGAUUCUGGAAGAGGCACACCAAAAAGAUUUACAGGAAAUGGCAGCCAAAAGCAAGAUUGAGGUGCACCAAAACAUGGAAGAUGAACUACAGAGAGAACACUUGGCCGCAGAACAACGCAUGGUACAUAGAAUCCAAAGGAUUAUGAUGGAGUGCCACAGGGAGAAGGUCCAGGCUGUGGAGAAGGCCAGGGCUGAAGAGAGACAGAUGGCCCAAGAAGCAAUCCAGGCCCAGAAAAGAAAAGCCAUGGAGGAAAUUUUGAAUACUGGUAUAACAGUUAUGAAGGAUCAGAGCAAGAGUGUGAACCAAAUGAUCAAAGAAAAAGAACAUGAAAUGAAUGUGUACUAUUGCAUGGCUCAGAGGCAGAAGCAAGAAGAGGUCCAGGAAGUGCUUCGAGAAGCAGAGAAGACACAUCAGGCCACGCUUGGAAAUGUGAUGGAUAAACUGGUUAACACCGAGGGGGAGCUGCUGUCCAUAGCGAAACAACUAGGCAUUAUGACAAAUUGGAAAGAUUUCCUGGAGGAGGAAUUACAGGAAACAAGGGAAGCAUUUCAAAAAUACAUCAAUUAUACGUUUCCUAAGCUUUCGCCAGGACAUGCAGAUUUUAUUCUGCCAGAAAGAAAGAAAACACCUUCCAGUCUUGUUAUUCAGGAGAAAGAAACAACUCUCGAUUAGAAAUCUUUGAGUGAAAUUUCACUACAAAUGUCAAUGUUCCAAGACUAAAUAAAUCAACUCAAAAACGA